CCAACGCACUUUCCCAUAACCAAUCCACUUAACCUGCUCUUCCUUUACAGUUAAGCACUCACCAGAAAACUAAAAAACACUCACCGAAAAACAAGAAUUUAGCUAAGGUUAUCCGAGAAAAUGGCAAACAGUUUAAUUCUAUGGCUUAAGGUUGUGCUAAUAUCAAUUGGUGCAGUAUCCUUAGCGAUGUUAGCAAAAGCUUCUAUUCCAUUGGUUUUUUACGAGCUCCAAACAAUUUGGAAUGCUGUUAUAGCUUGGCUUGUGAUCAAUGGUAUCAUCGUCAUCAUCGCUGCCACUUCUCGCUCGUCGAACCAUAAGGAGUACUCGAGUUCCAACGACCAAUACCAGCCGUUGAUUACUGCUAGAACACCUCCACAGUCUGAUUUUAUAGCGAUUACACAACCCGAGAUUCACUCAGUCCAAAGUGAAGUGAAGGUUUUUGAGGCUGAUCAGCGUGUGCCUGUGUAUGAACCGGAGGUGUUUGAGGUGAAGCCUAUGGUGGUGAACGGCUCUGUUAUGGCUGUGAAUUAUGAAGAUAAAGAUGUGGAUGAUCGUCAUGAGCCUGAUGAAAGUGAUGAGGUUGUGAUUUCGGAAUAUGUAGUGGCUCCGUUCCCGGAAACUGAAACUAAAAAUGAACUUCUUUUACUGCCGGCGACGGAGAAACCACUGGUUUCUUCCAGGUUCGGUAACCGGAAACCGGCUGUGAAAAUGAGUGCACAAGGGGUGAAGUCAGUGAGGUCAAAAAAGCCAGAGACAUUAGAUGACACAUGGAAGAUGAUAACAGAGGGUCGUCACGUACCACUCACGAGGCCGCAUAUGAAGAAAUCAGACACCUUUCACUACGGGCGUCACGUGACAGUGGAUGGCGACGCUCUUGAGGAAAUCGAGAAUUCCACCACCUUUCAGCCACCGCAGCAGCACCACCAGAGGCACGUGCUUAAGUCGGAGACGUUUAAGGACCGAACAAAUUACGACUCGCCGUCACCGGUGAAGAUUCAGAAGGAUCCGUCGUUGAGUGCAGACGAGUUGAAUAGGCGAGUGGAGGCAUUUAUCAACAAGGUUAAUGAAGAUAUGAGAUUACAGAGGCAACAGUCGAUGCAGCAGUACAUGGAGAUGAUUAACCGUGGAGUCUAAACACUAAACUUAGUUUUAGUAAUUUUCUUUUACUUUUUAGUAAGAAAAGAUUUUUUUUCCUUUUAAACGAAAAGGUUGACAAAAAAAAAAAAAUUAACGAAAAAGAAGGGGUUUGUAAUUUGGAUUUAGCUUUUUUGGCUUUUAAGUGACUUGUUUUUGUUUGAUUUUAAUGAAUAGAAAAAUAGGAAGUAUAGGAUAACUUUACUGUACAUAGUGGAGAAAUUAAAUGCAGUGAAUUGUUCUUUUAUUA